GAUCCAAUCCCACCGCGACGUGAAGAGGGUGGGAGCUCCGUCGAUGGUGGUGGGUCGCACGCCCGCGAAGAACAAUGUGGCUUUCCUUCUAACAUUUGUCCGAUACUUCAGGAAAGGUCGUUACCCCAUCCUUCACUCUAACCUUAAAUUCAGUUAAACAAUCGAGAGCAUUCCGCCCGAAAACGGAAUUCUUUUUCCAAUACCCAAUUUAUAGUAAAGAGAAUCAAACAAGCUUCAGCAGCUCAAUUUCUCACCUCCAUUGCUUCAUCUUCUUCUACUUUCUGGAUCGGACCUCUCUCCACGAGAGGAUCUUUUUGUUUUUUUGUUUCCUCUUGAUUUUAGCGUUUCUUCAUCUUCUACCUGAUCUUAGAUUAAAAGGGUUCCAAAGCAUCGUUUAAUCGUGGGUUGAGUUGGAACCAAAUAAUGAUGGAGAAGACAGAUUCUGCACAGAAGUUGUAUACACGCAUGCGAUUAUGGGAAUUUCCAGAUCAGUAUGUUAUAGAGCCGACUGAUGGCUCUUGUGGUUCGUCUUUGUCAGUUAGUCGUGUCGAUGGAUCUAUGAAACUUAUAGAAGAGCUUCCUCAAUGCAGCUCUGUCAGGGUUCCAAAGAUAAGGACAAUUUUUGGAGUGAUUGGCAUGCUGAAACUGUUAGCAGGGUCAUAUUUAAUUGUCAUUACUGACCGUGAGAGCGUGGGGUCUUAUUUGGGGCAUCCAAUCUUUAGAAUUUCAUCCUUGAAAGUUUUUCCAUGUGAUCAUUCAGUAAACAGUUCUCCUGUGGAACAGAAAAAGAUGGAGGCGGAGUUUUCUGGACUCUUGAAUGUUGCAGAGAAGACUCCUGGUCUCUAUUUUUCAUAUGAUACCAAUUUAACCCUGAGCGCACAAAGAUUGCAUGCUUUAGGUGAUGAAUCAAAGUUACUACCCUUAUGGAGACAGGCAGAACCAAGAUUUCUUUGGAACAAUUACUUGUUGGAAGUACUCAUCGACAGCAAGCUUGAUCCAUAUUUACUUCCUGUUAUCCAAGGCAGCUUCCAGAACUUUCAGGCUGCUAUUGGAAAAGAUAUCGUUGAUGUAACUCUGAUUGCUCGUAGAUGCACAAGGAGAACAGGAACUCGACUGUGGAGAAGAGGAGCCGACUCUGAUGGAUAUGUUGCUAAUUUUGUGGAAAGUGAGCAAAUUGUUCAAUUGAAUGGAUUCACAGCAUCAUUUGUUCAGAUUCGGGGAUCAAUUCCAUUGCUUUGGGAGCAAAUUGUUGAUUUGACAUACAAGCCCAAAUUUGAAUUAGUGAAAACUGAAGAAUUUCCUCGAAUAGCCGAGCGGCAUUUUCUCGAUUUAAGGAAGAAGUAUGGGGCUGUCUUGGCUGUUGAUCUUGUCAACACGCAUGGAGCUGAGGGGCGUUUGAGCGAAAAAUUCGCAAGUGCCUCGCAACAUGUUACCGGUGAUGAUGUAAGAUACCUGCAUUUUGAUUUCCAUCAAAUCUGCGGGCAUGUUCAUUUUGAGCGCCUCUCGAUCCUUUAUGAACAAAUCUCAGACUUCCUUGAUCAAAAUGGGUACAUGUUAUUGAAUGAACAUGGUGAGAAAAUGAAGGAACAGCUUGGAGUUGUGAGGACCAAUUGUAUUGAUUGCUUGGACCGCACAAAUGUUACGCAGAGUAUGAUAGCCCGAAAGAUAUUGGAAUCUCAACUCAGGAGACUUGGAAUUUUUGCUGCUGAAGAAACCAUUAGCUCACAUCCGAACCUCGAUGAUAGCUUUAAAAUCAUUUGGGCUAAUCAUGGAGAUGAUAUAAGCACACAAUAUUCCGGCACUCCCGCGUUGAAAGGAGAUUUUGUUAGAUAUGGCCAACGGACGAUUCAGGGGAUCUUGAAGGAUGGUUGGAAUGCUCUCCUACGUUAUUAUUUGAAUAACUUUGUUGAUGGAACAAAACAGGAUGCUAUUGAUCUCUUGCAAGGACACUAUAUCGUUUCGGUUAGUCGGGAUUUGACUCCCACAACUCAAAAGGGAGGCUUAGAAGCUGUAGCGUCCUUCCCACUGGCUUUCUCUCUGGUGUUGACAGGGUUCUUUUUUGCAGCCUUGUCAUUAAGACAAGCUCGCUAUGAUCUUCGACACUUGUUCUUCUCAAUGCUGUGGGCAGGCCUGAGCAUAGCUAUAGCAGGUUUCGUUAAAGCCAAUGGUCGGAUUUUCUGCAAUCGACCUCGUCUGCACAAACCUCGAUCAUGAUUUUGGUUCCAGAGAUUGGCAAAUUCGGCCAACCGUUCAUUGAAAUUCAAAGUUUCUUUCGAAGAUUUCCUGUCAUUUAUAGUCUCUCUUGGUUCCAUCUGAAGUGCCAAGUAACUCAUUAGGAUCACUAUCCAGAAUGUUACUGCAGUUCCCUUUUCUGAUCACUCCUGUUUUCUAGAAUAUCAGAUGUUUUUGUCGUGUCAUAUCGUAUCUGACUUGGAACAAUAUAUACAUUUUGGAGAUACUAUUGUAGCAAUUAUUCAAACACAUUAUUGAUUGAAAAUACCACAUUUAACAGAAGUUCCAUAU